AUGAUUGGAUUAGUUCAAAAGUCUCAUAGAGAGGUAGCAAAAUAGAUGGGUUGGUAGUCAAAACAUCCUGAUGAUUAGAUGACGGGUUGGAAUGGCCUAAAAGUCUCAGUUAGAUGAUUAAUUGAGAUUUUUAGGCCAUUCCAACCCUUUAUCCAACCAUCUGGAUGGUUUGGCUACAAAUCCAUCUAUUUGUCUACCUCUCUAUGAGGUUUUUGAACUAAUCCAGCCAUUUGGCAAGCCGUUCAAUCGAUUUCAGGCAAUAGUUUCGAUCCGCCGGGCGUCAUAUCGUAUCUUUUAGAAAUUAGCGGAGCCAACGUUCUUUUUAGCCUAUAAUUAACACUACUUUACAAAAAAAAAUCAUGCAGACAAAAUUCUAAUUGAUUUCAACCAAUAAUACAGAUUUUUGAUUAGAAACCAUCAAUUUGAAAGCGCCAUUAAAACGGUUUUAAACUUGAUGUUCAAAAAUUUCAGGGUCAAAAAGAAGUCACUCCAAAGCAAAUUCGCGAUGUUUUGGCCCUGAAUAUUGGCCGUCCAGCCGGCGCGCACGCCCCAACUCCCGGCCCAGCCUCGGUUCCCGGCGCUCCAGGCGGCCUUCCACCUCAAAAUGGCCAAGCGGCGUUCCCGGGCCAGUUCCAGCAACGUCCCGGCAUGCCAAUGGGACCACCCGGCCAAGGAUUCCCAGGCCAACAACUGCCCGGACAGCCGGGCCAGCCCCUUCCCGGUCAACCUCAGCCUUUGGGACCAAAGAACAGCGUCUCUAGUCAAUCGGGAGCACCAGGACAUGUCCCGUACAAUAAGUUCUUGCAGGUGGGAAGAAAUUUUGAAAUUGCAAAAAAAUUUGGCAUUUUUUUAUAAAAACUUUUAAAAAAACUUGUUUUAGCCCCUCUCGGAAUGCGAACAAACCAUCAACGACUUGAUCGAACAGAUCAUCUCGGAUCGUUGGCCCAUUCCCCAAGGCCACCGCCCUCUGCGAGCCACCGGUAGCGCCCUCGCCGUCGCUGUCACUCUGCUGGAGACCUGCUUCCCCAACACUGGCGCCAGAAUCAUGACCUUCAUCGGCGGCGCCUGCACUGUGGGCCCCGGCAUGGUGUGCAACGAGGAACUGAAGAGCCCGAUCAGAUCGUGGCACGACAUCAAAGAGGACAAUGCCGUCUACAUGAGGAAGGCGAUCAAGUUCUACGACUCGUUGGCCGCCCGGACUGUGAAGAAUGGCCACGCCAUUGAUGUGUAUGCGUGCGCGUUGGAUCAAACUGGUCUGUUGGAGAUGAAGAACUGCUUCAAUUUGACUAAUGGUGGGCUUAUUGAACAAAAAAAAGUUCAAUUUGAUUUUUUUUUUAAUUUUUUUACUUUUUUUUUAUUUUUUGAAUUUUUUGAUUUUUUUUGAAAUUUUUGAUUUUUUUUAAUUUUUGAUUUUUUUUUUUUGAUUUUAUUUUUUGUUUCAGGACAUGUAAUCAUGGCCGACAGUUUCGAAUCCACCCUCUUCAAACAGUCCUUCGCCAAGGUGUUCGAACGCGACGUGCACGGCCAACUCAAGAUGGCCUUCAACGCCACCAUGGAGAUCAAGCUGAGCGCCGGCCUGAAGGUGGAAGGCGCCCUCGGCUGCUGCGCCUCCGUCGGCGUCCGCAACCCCAUCGUCUCCGACAACGAGGUGGGCAUCGGCGGCACCUGCCAGUGGAAGUUCUGCUCCCUAACCCCCCGGAAUACGGUCGCGCUGCUCCUCGAAAUCAGCGCCCAACACGGCUCGGCCAUGCCGCAGGGAAGUCGCGCCGUGGUCCAGUUUGUGACGCAGUAUCAGCACGCGGAUGGAAGGAAGAGAAUCCGAGUGACCACCACUGCAAGACAUUGGGCCGACAUGACCACCCAACAGCCACAGAUUGCCUACGGGUUCGAUCAAGACGCCGCCGCGGUGCUAAUGGCCAGGCUGGCGUCGUUCAGGGCAUCGAAUGAAAAUGACUCUCCCGACACGAUGAGAUGGCUUGAUAGAAGCUUGAUUAGAUUGGUAAGGAGUGGGAAGGUUGUUGAAGUUGGUUAUGGGAUUUUUUGGAAAAAAAUGGGUUUUUUGAAAUUAUUAGGGUGAACCAAAAAAAUUUUCCGAUUUUUUUUUUUUUUUUUUUUUUAACAACGAAAUCACUUCUAUGGGGUAUGGAGUUACAGGUCGAGUCGUAUAUCAAGAAAAUCGUGAAAUUUUUCUGAUUCAGAAUAUGUAAAAGUUUGCAGCCUAAUUUUGGUUUGUCAGGGUGAAAAAAUCCUCAGAACUUUUCUCGCAAUACCAUUCAAAUGCCCCUUUUUUAAAUUUUUUUGUAUUGGAACUACUAAUUAAGGCGUAGUAUUAAUCAAAUUUGAUAUUUUAAGGCUUGUCAAGAUAUCAGGGUUCACUUUAGCUAAAAAAAGCUUUUGAUUCGAUAAAACUUGGUCAAAAAGGCAUUUGAGUGAUGUUGCGAGAAAAGUUCUGAGGAUUUUUUCACCCUGACACACCAAAAUUAGCCAGCUAAUUUUUACAUAUUCUGAAUCAGAAAAAUUUUGCGAUUUGUUUGAUAUAUGACUCGACCUGUAACUUCAUACCCCAUUGAAGUACUUUCCUUGUGAAAAAAAAUUUUUGAAGUUAUUAGGGUGAACCAAAAAUUUUUUCCGAUUUUUUUGAUUUUUUAUUUUAUUUUAUUUUUUUUUUUUUUUUGAUUUACUUCUUUGCAGAUCCAAAAAUUCUCCGAAUUCCACGCCAACGACCCCAAUUCCCUGAAAAUCAACGAACGUUUCCAAGCCUACCCGCAGUUCAUGUUCCACAUGAGGAGGUCCCAAUUCCUUCAAGUUUUUAAUAAUUCACCGGAUGAAACGGCGUAUUAUAGGUGAGGAAAUGGAAUUUUGGGAUGUUUUAUUGAAUAUUUGAGGCGAUUUUAAGGUUUUUGAAAUUUAAAAAAAUUUUGAAAAAAAAAAUUUUUUUUUACGUUUUUUAAUGCCUUUUUGCCUUAUUUGGGGUUGAAAAACUUGCUUGUCCCGGAAUUUGCGAUUUUUGCGUUUUAUUUGUCACGAUUUUAGGCAUAUCUUGUUCGUGGAGAACGUCGGCGAGUCCACCUCAAUGAUCCAGCCCAUGCUGUACUCGUACUCGUUUAAUGGCCCCCCAGAACCCGUCCUCUUGGACACAACCUCGAUCCAGCCGGACAAAAUUCUCCUCAUGGACGACUACUUCCAUGUCCUGAUCUAUCACGGGCAGACGAUCGACCAGUGGAAACGAGCCAACUAUCACGAGGACCCGCAAUACGCGACCUUCAAGCAGUUGCUUGAAGCCCCCGUGGAAGAUGCCCAACAGUUGUUGGCGGAGCGAUUCCCGGUCCCGAGGUAUAUUCAGACUCAACAUGAAGGAUCGCAGGUGAGAAAAAUUUUCUUGGGAAAGUAAAAAAUUGAAUUGAAAAUGACGAAAAUUGUAAUAGUUGACUCUAAAAAUGGUCUGUCGGGAAAAUAAUGUGGAUUUGUCGCUGAAAAAAAUCUUGUCUCGUCGCUGUCGCGCACAAAAUCUCCAGCCGCAGCUAGCCGUCGCAAAGCGAUGAAGCGCGAAAAUCCACAUUAUUUUCCCGACAAACUGAUAUAUUAGGCGUAGAAGUAUGAUCGUGCCGUUUUUCCGGCCCAUAAUUUCAAUCAAAACAAAAAAUUUUUACACUAAACUUUAUCCAAUUUUAUAUUCUAUUAUUAAUUCCGAGGGGUUUGCACAAUUUGGCCAACUUUCAAAUCCAUCAAAGAAAAUUUUUGGCUUUUUUGAAGCCAUCUAAAUAUCAACCCAAUUUUCGGCAUCGUUGUAUUCAACGAAGCGCUGCUGCCACAGUUCGUGUUCCAUCGGUCGAAACCAGUGAUAAUCUGAAAGUGCUGCGUCCGGAGAGUGUCGCGGGUGGGGUAAAACGUCCGAACUCGGCGGUUCUAGGGUGCCCUUGACCAGUUUUUCAACAUGGGGUUUGGCGUCAUCAUGCAGCAAAAUAAAAAUUGGUCAUACCGACCGCUUUUAUCAUAUUCUUGGUGGUGUUGCAUCAAGUCUUGUUCACAACGGAUGCCAGUAACCGUUUUGUCGGAUUUCAAGACCUCAUAGAAAAGAAGAUCUUGUUUUUGUCAUCAUAUACAGAGCAACACUUCCUUCCCGGUAAUGUUGGACUGUGCGGUCGCUUGUGUUUCGGGUUGUCAAAAUCGAUCCAUUGUUCUUCUCUGGUCACUAGACAAUGCAAAAAUGACUUUCUUUCCGUCUAUCCAUCAAAAUUUUGUAUGUUAUCCAUGUUGAGUUAGGUCAAUCCAUAUGACACCCAAGUCCCUUCUCUCUGGAUCUUUCCCAAUUGUUCCAAACUGAGUGAGCUACUUUAUGCAACACGUGUAACAUCACCGCUAGCUUUUCUUGCGCACCGGCAUCGUGUUGUUUGCAAUAAUCUCCAUAUUCAAAUUUUUGAUAUGGGUUGGAAAAUCACGGGAUUUGAAACGCUGAACCCCUUUCCAACGAAAUUUUUUUCACAGAGCACGGCCACAGUAAACUUCUGUAAGCAUUCCAUGCGUCAACGGCGCUUUUGCUCACAUUACAUGUGUAGAGGAAAAUUUCCCGCAAAUGGCAUUUUUCUGGGACGAAAGUUGGUCAUCUUUGAAGCUUUAUAAAAACCGCUAUUCUAAACCUAACCACACGAAGCAUAUAUCGAUAGACAGCGUUUUCAACGUUCUUCCAGGUGAUAUCAACAGAUGCACUAAAAGUUUAACUCCAGCUGUAAAAAGGCACACCUAAAAAAACGGCACGGUCAUACUUCUACGCCUAAUAACUAAAAAAACGAAUAAAAAAGACAAAAAAAUUAAAAGAAUGGGAGAUUUCGAGAAAAUUUUGUGGACAAAAAAUUGGAUAGAAACAGAAAAAUUUGGAAAUUUCCAGCUGGAAAAUUGGUUUUUGCCCUACCCCACGCGAAAUUCGAGAGAUAACGCAUAAAUUGGGAGAAAUGGAAACUCAUCGGAACUUUAAUUUCCUCUCUAAAAGUACGCUUUUUAGAGUCCACGUAUUUUGGAACGGAAAAUGAAAUUCUUUUUUUUCUUUUGUUGAAACUAACAGAGGAAGGAAAACAUCCCAAGUUCGACGCUAAGAUUUUGAUAAAAUUUGGCAAAAAAUCUGAAGAAAUUUGUUAAGGCAUAUACGAGACUUCUGGCUUGCGCUUUGCAGAAAUGCGGGAGCGACGAAUGGGGAAAAAGACAAUUUGGGAAACUGAAAAGUAUUAUUUUUCUUCGAUGUAAGUGUCGAAAUAAGGAUAAUCGAGGGUGCUGGUUCCGAAAAUGACAUUCAUUUUUUUGAUCGUUACUUUUUUCCUUAAGUAGUACUGUAAAGUAGUAAUUUUUUGAACUUUUUUCACAAACACUCAAUUUAGGGGUUUUCGAUGGUGCUGAUUCCGAAAAUCUUAUUUAUUUUUUAUGAUUUGGAAUCAGCACCAUCGAAACCCCUAAAUUGAGUGUUUGUGAAAAAAGUUUAAAAAAUUACUACUUUACAGUACUACAUAAGGAAAAAAGUAACUAUCAAAAAAAUGAAUGUCAUUUUCGAAAUCAUCACCGUCGUUUACCCUUAUUUCGACACUUCAUUGAAGAAAAAUAAUACUUUUCGAUUUCCCAAUUUUCUUUUUCCUCAUUCGUCGCUCCCGCAUUUCUGCAAAGCGCGGGCUAGGAGUCUCGUAUGUCUCAGAAAAAAUUAUUCAGAUUUUUUGCCAAAUUUCAUCAAAAUCUGAGCGUCGCGCUUGGGGUCUUCUCCCUCCCCUGCUAGUUUCAACAAAAGAAAAAAAAAAUUCAUUUUCGGUAUUCUCCUUCCCCAAUCAUCUUUUUCUCCAAUUGACGACGUUCCGCAGAAAUUGCGGAGAUUUUUAGGUCGUUUUUUCAAAAAAAAAAAGAAAAAAAAACAAAAAAUAUUUAGAUUGUAAAAUUUUAUCGGCUUAUGAACUUUCUGAACUCAUAUUUGCAAAACUUUCAGGCCCGUUUCCUCCUCUCCAAAGUGAAUCCCUCCAUCACCCACAAUUCCUAUCAAAGCCAGGACGGAAGCGCCGCCGUUUUCACGGAUGACGUCAGCUUCCAAGUCUUCACCGACCACCUCCGAAAACUGGUCGUCCAAGGCAACAGCUAA